CGACCGACAGGCAUGGAGUUGUGCAGGCAGAGGUGGGGAUACAUGGGAAUGACCUUGAUGAUGAUCCUUGGGCUGCUGGGCCCAUGGACUGGCCCCACAGCAGCUGCCCCCUUGCCUCGCAUCAUGGCUCACCGCAACAUUCAGAUGAUUCUCCACGGCCUGCUGGACCACGUCGACGUGGCUGCAGCCGAGGAGUCUCAAGGACAGCAGGCUGCCCAGGCCUAUGCCACCUUCAAUCAGCAGAAGUUUCGGUCCACGCUCGGACCCGACCGCUGCACCGCCGCAGACGUGGCGACUGAGGAUUUGCAGCCUCUCUUUGAAGCCAUGGAUUGGAACCGUGAUCAACGGCUCUUUCUCGAUGAAGUGGUCGAAUUUUUUGUUGCAGCCGUCAGCCGUGGGGCCGUUCAGAUUGAGGACAAUGCCCGGUGGCAAUUUGACAAGCUUUGCCGCCGUGCUGGUCGCGAGUCGCUACGCCUGGAGGACUUGGAGGGCUUUCGGCACCCCGCCAACCUUGACGACAAUCUACAAACCAUCAUUUUUGAGCAAAGCGAUGUCAACGCGGACGGCGCACUGUCCAGCGAGGAAUUUAUGCACUUUUAUGCCCCCGAGUUCAACAUGCUUGUGCUAGCUCGCCAUGCCGGUCAAUUACUCGACACAAUGGACCGCGACGGCGAUCGCCGCCUUUCCCAGGCUGAAUUCCUCAACGGCACCAUGAUGGUGGAAGACGAUGCCAGCAAUCACUUUUCGGCCCAAGCCUUUGAUCACCGCUCGGAGGAACAGGAGCGCAUUCGCGAAUUCAAUGCCAAUUUGGAUGUGAACAAGGACGGCGUGUUGGACACGAGCGAGAUUAUGGCCAUUGCCGACUUGCGCCAUUUCCUCCACUGCGUCAAUGAGGCCUACAUUGUGUUUCGGGCAUGCGAUGCCAAUGGAGACCACGAGUUAUCUCAAGCUGAGACGAUGGAGUGUUGCCAAGCCCUGAGUCGUGUGCGUUCACUCAAGCUAGAGCAAGAAAUCCACACAGACUUGCAGGACGUCUACGGUAAAAUGAAACGUCGCAUCCGCCGCCUUCUGCGCAACACUUUUCACGACGAGCUGUAG